GGAAUGAAGGGGAUGAAGAGGGCAAAGAGGAUGAAGAGGAUGAAGAGAAUGUGGAAGAUGAGGAAGAGGAUGGAUAUGAAGAAGAAGAGGAUAGAUAUGAUGAAGAAUUUAACGGUUACUAUGAAUAA